CGGGUUCCAUUUUGUGAGCUGCUGCCGUCGCAUAGGUCCACCAUCAGUCACCGCAGAUGCACCGUAGCACCGGGGCUCCUCUCUGCCUUGAGCGUGAUGCCCUCUAAGGGGACGACUGGGACAACGGCACCUGGCCCUUCUGGCGAGCGAACCGAGAAACUUGUGGUGGACGGGGCCAACAAGCUAUCCCGUGCCGAUGACUACGAGGACGACGAACGGGCUUUUGGUGACGUCCCGAAUGCAAAGCGUUCCCGGCAGGCAGCCUCGUUCGCAGCCAUGGAAUGUGACGACGAAGGUGAGGACGAAGAAGACCUGGACGAUGAGCAAGACGAGGAGGACGAGGAGGAAGACGACGACGACGACGACGACGAUGACGAUGACGAUGACGAUUCAGCUGACCUGGAGAUUUUGGAUGCCGAGGAGGAAGACGACCAUGUCUAUUACAAGGAGGAGGAGCAAUCAGACGAGACCACUGCAAGGAGGAGCGGCAGGCGGGCCCACUCGGGCAGCAGGCGCAAGGCUGAUGAUGCCGAGGAUCUCAGGCUGGAAGAUUACGUGCCAGACCACUACAUCGACAGUCACGAAAAGAGGGACAGCUGCAGCCUGGCGAUUACCAUGACUCACUCUGCACGUUCUGUCGACAUCACCGAACUCUCUGGCGACAUCAUCAAGCUUGUCUUCAAAGGAAAGAAAUUUCAAAACUACGGAACAUCCCGAGGUUCGCCAGCUUCACGGCCAAGGGCACUCUCGAAGGCGUUUGUGCGGUACACCGACCCAGAUACGGCUGCAGCCAACCUGAAGAUCAUCGAGAGGGCGGUCGGCAAGGGGAAGGUCGUGCGAGUGGAGAAGUGCACCACGCGCAAGCAGACGACGCUGGCCAACAUGCUCGACCUGUUCCGGCUGCCCUUCAAUUGCACCGUGGCCCGCCUCAAACAGCAGUUCCCUUGCUCUCGCGUCCACGUGCUCAAGCAUGGCUUCGCCAGACUGUGCUUCAACUCUACAGACGACCUCAAGCGAGCCCUUCAAAAGCCUGGGUGCCACACCAUAGACGGUCAUCCGAUCCGAUUGAGCCUUGUGAAGGAACUCCAGAAAGAAGAAGACAGCCACUACCACGGCCGGCAGUCCCGGGACAGCCGCGGAGACAGCGAUUCUUCCACGAGCCGCGGUGGUCGAGGCUGGAGAAGGAGCAGCUGGCCGGGAGAACGGGCCUACUGGCGCGGCGGCCGGGGCGGCGGCUCCAGCCGCACGGGCAGCCGGGCCUCCGACUGGGACGGUCGCGGGGACUGGGGCGAGCUCGAAGAUUGGGACAACCGAGCUUGGAGCGGCGGUAGCCGAUUCUUCUGGAACAGCGGCGGCGGCGGCCGACGGGGAAGGCGAGGAGGCCGGCGAGGCUCGUGGAGCCGCACUUGAGGCCGCCUGGAUGUCCCAAGAGUUCGAAGCUCCCUUUUUUUUUUUGUGUGUGUACGUGUUUGUCCACUUUUUUUCUCUCUACAUUUCACCUUUUUGCCCUCACCUUUUUUAUACACUUUUGUCUGUGCUCAAUAAAGAAAUCGCACCAAGCUCGA